AUGUCGACAAUUUUUGCUGCCCGACAAUUUUCCACUUCGGCCGUUACCAAUCACAUAAUGAAGCUGACCCGUCUGCGUGUGGUGGACAACAGCACAAUUGGCAAGCAAGCGAUGGCUGAAGGUAAACCCCCACGUUGCAUACACGUUUAUAAUAAGAAAGGCAUUGGCACGAUCGGUGACAAAAUAAUGGUUGCAAUCAAAGGUGAAAAAGUAAAAGCUAUCAUUGUAGGCUGCGUCAAGGAACAAAAACCCAAUAUUCCCAGGUUUGACAGCAACAAUAUAGUGUUGAUUGAUGAUAAUGGCACACCUCUUGGCACACGUAUAAAUGUUCCGAUUCCAAUUGUUCUUAGAACUAUAUUAAAAGAAAAAACUUUCUCAAAAGGAGCUGAUUACACUAAAUUGUUGGCCAUCGCUUCAAAUUAUGUAUAA